AUUGUUUUAUCCGAAAGAAACCCAUCAAACUCUCUCUCCUCCUUUAAAUUGUUCAAUCAUUUUUAAAUCUGUUCACUUACCAUCUGGUUAUUCUUCGUUCAAAACUUACAAUGGAUGUCUUUUUCGGCAUUUUUGUCAUCUGUGCUUUAUUCGGCAACGUUCUUGGCGAGGAGCAACAGUGCUCAAGGUACCAUUAUGAGGCUCAAACCCUGGAGAGAAUUAUCAAGGCUGAGUUCACUAUUGCAGAGUUGAAAAAUAAAAUUGAUGUAUAUCAAUCGAAAAUUACCGACGAUCAUUCCAAAUUAGAGCAAAGAGUUGAACUCAUUCAGAAGGCUAUGAAUAAAGUCAUCGAAAAUAUAACAGAGAUAAAAGUUGAAAAACAAUCCGUUGAGAUCAGUUCUAUGAGGCAAUAUUGUACUUCAGACGAUAUGUGCAAUGACGUUGAAAAUGCUGAAUGUAAAAGAUUGGCAUGUAAAUGUAAACCUGGUCUGAGCUACCACCAUACCACAAGGAAAUGUCUCUCAGAUUGUGGAGAUUUUCGAUAUGGUAGUACAUACCAAGUAGAAGUGAAAACUUAUCUUAGCGGGUUCAAUUCGAACUCAAUAAAACCAGUCACUAGAGAAGAAUGUGUGAACAACUGUACAAACAGUAAAGAAAUAAUAUGCAGAACAGCGGAAUACUAUACAACCGGUCAAGAAUGCAACUUGUCUUUUGAAACGUUACAUACAAACCCCGAAGCCAUUGGAAGUGGCUGCAGCUAUGAUGUCCUUACAAGGAAUUGCAACUAGAUUAAAACUGGAAUUAAAGCAAGAAAAAACUUGAAUAAAGGAAGCAAGAAA